AUGUAUGUCCUAGCACCGAAACCCAAGCUACUCUAUAUUGCAGGUCGUCAGCUACAGGCUGGAAGACGUUUCAUGACUUCUCUGGCUGCUACUGCUGCCAGAAAAGCUCAAAGCAAGUUAUUGCGCAGGCGAAGUGUAGCGUUGGUGUCAGGGGUUAUCAUUGUCGGCUCAUACGUCACUUUCAACCAAUCAAACUACUACAAAUUGGACACAGUCUCUCCUGGUUCAAGUAAUAAGCUUGUUUCUGCUACAUCGAAGACAACCCCAGAGAUUGUUGACCACAAGUAUUUCUCAUCAACCACAUCUUCCAUGGUAAGAAAGAACUCUGUUGGCGCCCAGCAGCACAAGGAGGGCAUCUUUCUUCUUAAUGACGAACAAGUCAGUUCGAAACUAAGACAAUACGAAGAGUCGUACUAUGUAAACCGUGGCAAGGGAGUCACCAGGUACGAUAUCUGUCAACUCCCUUCUAACUCCCCAAUCGAGGAUGAUAGAGCCGAGGAGAUUGUUCAGGUACCUAUCUUGCAAGAUAACAAUAUCAGAACCACGACUGACUGGAUGUUUUUUGGCGUUUAUGAUGGCCAUGGUGGCUGGACCACGUCGUCAAAGUUAAGAGAUCAAUUGAUUCUGUACGUCAUUCAUGAAUUAGGCACCAUCUUUAAGCCCUCGAAAGAAGAAAACUUGCGCUAUGUUCCUAACCUGGCAACUAUUGAUCAAGCCAUAAAGAAUGGAUUUUUAAAGUUAGACCAUGAGAUCGUCAACAAAAACAUAGAAAAGUUGCUCAAUGAUAAUAACAAAGCCAAGGCAGCGGAAUUAUUGAUGCCGGCGUUAUCAGGAUCUUGUGCGCUCCUUUCCUUUUAUGAUACAAACUCCAAGAUGUUGAAAGUUGCAGUAACUGGUGACUCUAGAGCACUUUUAGGUUCAUUCAGGAAUAAUCAGUGGACCGUUCGCCAGUUGAGCAUUGACCAAACUGGCUCAAAUCCAACAGAAGUUGCAAGAAUCAUUUCAGAACAUCCAGACGAGCCUAAUGUCGUAAGAAAUGGACGUGUUCUUGGUACUCUUGAGCCCAGUAGAGCAUUUGGAGAUUGCAGAUACAAGUUGCCAGCAUCAAUUCAAGAGAGACUCUAUAAGCAGUUCUUUGGCAGAAAGCUUCCAAGCAAUCUUAACUCGCCUCCUUAUGUCACUGCAGAGCCUGUAGUAACGACGACGAAGGUUAGCCCCGAGAACAAUGACUUCCUUGUCAUGGCCAGUGACGGUCUCUACGAGAUGCUCUCCAACGAGGAAAUCGUCGGUCUCGUAGUGAAAUGGAUGGAAAAGGAGAAGCUUGUGAAGCCACAAAAGUCUUUCUGGAACUAUUUUGGUUCUUCUGAAAAAGGCUUGCCACAGGUUUCUGACAUAACCAAUGAUAAAACUUCCAAACCUCCAUUCCGCAAAAACAGGCUUUCCUCAGGUAAUGGUUUCCUUCUUGAAGACAAAAACGUGUCCACACACUUGAUACGCAAUGCGCUCUCUAAUGGAGGUUCAAGAGAGCAGACAUCAAUGCUUAUAUCUAUUCCAAGUCCUGUCUCUCGUCGCUACAGGGACGACUUGACCGUUACGGUGGUCUUUUUCGGCAAAGGAGUCGAUGAAAACAACGCAGGUAAGCUAGAAACUAAUCCCGAAGCUACUGCUGGUGGUAUUGACGCUUCCAAGCCCAAGCUUUAG